AUGCACUUUGUCACUUUGGCACUUUCCUACCUUACUAUUCAAGACUCAGCCUGGGGAACCUGGCAACUGGGAAGGAACAAGAUGCACCGGGGGCUCUUUCCAAGAUGGAUGGAAGCUGCAACCCAUCGAGUUGACAUCAGGUGCAGCAAGUGCAGCAGGUGCAGCGCUGAUGCAGCUGGUGCCUGUGGGCAUGCCGAGGAAGUCACGUCUCUGCCUUCCAUCUUUCCCAUUCAUCCAAAGUACCUUUCUUCCUUCCUGCCUUACAUGUCUAAAGUACCUACGUCCAUCAGCUGCGUCCAUUUUCUCGAUCGGAUCAAAUCAACCUUCCAUUGUAACCCGAGUACCUCGAUACCUUAUGUAUACAUCUUCUCGGGUCAGACAGGCGGGAGCAACCUGGAAGUCGCGACUCUCUCUGGGGCUGGCCAACGGCAUCAAACAAACUCGAAAUCUCCAGCCAUCUCAUCCCUGCGCACUUGCACCGCAUUGCACCAGCUUCCCGAGCCCCUCUCCUCCCCUCCUCCACCUUUCCGUCCAGCUUGCCUCUCCUCUCCGCCUGAGGUGUGCGCAUUUACCUGGCCCACCGUCCACCAUCUCAACCGCGAAAGAGAACCCCCAGCCGAGACGACCCUGGCCGACCAGGGUAUCAACCAUCGCCAACCCCUGUUUUUGGUGCCCGUUGCUGCUCUUCUCCCUCCAAAACUCUCACUGGAGCUGUGCGUCACGCCGUCACCCUCUCGAGAAUUUGCACAAGCUCGAGAGCGACCUUGCCAGGACGAAGAGAGGAACACGGAAGAACAGAGCAAACACGACAAGCGGAGCGUCUCGCAUCCAGGCCCAGACCACUUUUCCAACCCCAUUCCUGAGCUUCUUUUCGAGCUGCAUUGUCUCAUUCUCUGCCCAUUCCACGCCAGUCUCGGUCUCAAGGAUAUACUUUGUCCACCCCCGCAUCCAGCCGCCUGGACUGCAACGGGUCUACCAACUUCUCACGGAUGCUUUACCGUUAGAGUCAGAGACCGAGAUAAAGUCCUUCCUCGGCUUUCCCUCUACUGCUACCACCCGCUAGCCAAGCUCUCAGCUCUGUUGCCCCGGCCGCUUUCCCGCCCCGUUUCCCACACACCUGAGCGGCACCAGCAACAGCUACCCUCGACCCUCGACUCGUACCGGUCGCGCUACCGUCUACGCCACACCCCGUUCUUCGGCUUCCCAUCCAACAGCAACACCAUCCUCGCGCUUCCCUGUGCCUUAGAGAGCUCCGUCUCUUCAAAGACGACGGCGUGCGGCUGCAAACAUAACUUCCUUGGCAUUGUUGGACACACAUAUCAUCUUGUCGGAACAGCUUUUUCGUCAAUCCCCUUUUUACUUUCAGGAACAACCGAUGAAGAAACAUACAAACCUCAAACAACUCAACUAAGCAUCAUACGUACCCAGAGCCGAAUCCUGUCACGCUCCUUUCCAUUUCCAGACGCUGUGGUCAGUCCACCAUCAGCCACUCACCUCGGCGCAAAUUACCUUCUGAUCUUCUACACGUUGCCCUUUUGUCCCUUCCAAGACAGGCUCGUUGCACAUAUCCCGUCCGAGGCUUUGAGCGACUCUUCUUCAAUGAAACCAUCAGAAAAUUGGCGUAGCGUAUUCUUGCUUCCGCAAAGCACCAAAAAGAAAAAGAAGAAUAGCAAGGGCAACUCCUCGCCAUCUUCACCGAGACUUCACUUUCCAGAACUCCAGUGGGAGCCCAAGACAACAACGACGACGCCGGCACCGACGACGGCGGCAGAACGGCGGCACACCAUGUCUGGGCCAACCCCCCGUUCGAUGCUCAACGUCCAAAGCCCCGAUUCCGAUGUCUCGCCAAAGACUCCGAUACAACCCUCUGACCAAACAAAGACGGACUACUUCUCCAUUGAGUCUUCGUCGCAGGCGCAGUCGCAAAAGAAAGACGAGGAAACCAAGGCCAACGAUGCAGAGCCAUUGAGCCGUGCGACCACACUUUCGAGCUUCGCAAGCCCUUCCACCCUCGAAAGCGCAACAGGAAGCUUCUCUGCCGAGUCGUCACGGACCGAAUCGUAUGGAGGAAGGCCGAGAGGAUCAUCAAUAGCGUCGCUGAGCUUUGCACCAUUGCGGAACCCGUCGCUGCCGCAGGGCAACCAGAAGAAGACGAACAAGGAGCGUAUCAGGGCCUCAUCGCCUCCACCUGAGAGUGGCAGCUUUGGUCGUGACGCUUUUUUGGUUCGGUGUCUGUAUCCGAUGUCGUGUAGCUGGACAGAUAACAUCUAG